AUGGACAGUUGGGGCUCCUCACUCUGCUUCCCAAACCUCAACUCCUCCUGCAGGCGGCUGAUGCUGCAGCCCCGCUCCCAGACUGCUCUCUUCUACACCCUCCUAGCCUCCAUCUCUCUGCUCACUGUGACUCUCAACCUGCUCGUCAUCAUCUCCAUCUCUCAUUUCAGGCAGCUGCACACCCCGACCAACGCCCUGCUGCUGUCCCUGGCUGUGUCCGACCUGGUGGUGGGGCUGCUGGUGAUGCCCAUCGAAGGGCUGCGCUACCUGGAGACGUGCUGGCUGCUGGGGAGGCUCAUGUGUGCUCUGACUCCUUAUAUUUCCUACUGUCUUCUCUCUGCAUCUUUGGGCCACAUGGUGCUCAUAUCUAUAGACCGCUACGUGGCGAUCUGUGACCCCAUGCUUUACUCCUGCAGGGUCAACCUGCAGAGAGUUAUCGUUUUAAUCUGUUUUUGCUGGGCUUGCUCUUUUCUCUACAACGGGCUGAUUCUGAUGCACCACCUGUCUCAGCCGAACCGGUACAGGACCUGUCACGGGGAGUGCGUGGUGGUCAUCAGUCACAUGUCGGGAACUGUCGACCUCUUCUUCUCGUUUGUCGGGCCCUGUUCUGUCAUGGUUGUUCUUUACACCAAGGUUUUUGCCGUUGCCGUGUCUCAGGUGCGUGUCGCCCGGCUGCAGAUCAGAUCCUCAUCUGUCACUGCAGCUCAGACUGCUAAAAGAUUAGAGUUUAAAGCAGCCAGGACGCUCGGGGUUGUGAUUGCCAUGUUUCUCCUGUGCUUCUGCCCGUAUUACUAUCCCUCUCUCACAGGUGAGGACACCUCCACUAGUUUGUCUUAUUACGCCUUGUUAUCUUGGAUCAUGCUGACAAACUCCUGUGUGAACCCUCUCAUUUAUGCUCUGUUUUACCCCUGGUUCAGAAAAGCUAUCAGAUUCAUCUUCACGCUCAGAAUACUGCAGCUUCACUCCCAGGAGAUGAAGAUCCUGUAG